UUCAUGACAGCCUUAGUAUAUGAUUGUUAAAUAUAAAUUCUUUUGCGCGCUACUUCUUGCAACAAAUCCAAUAAAGGGAGAGGGAGAAACAAAUCUUUACUUGUAGAUAUGAAAACUAAGCAUGGUAGUAAAAUUCCUAUUGUCAUUCCAUAUGACAUUGAGAGAGCUGUAGGUCCCGGGUCUAGGGACAUUAUUAACUAUUGUGGUUUGAUUAUUCGUAGCACUAUCUCAUUCAGAGAUGGUGAUUGGCAAGAAAUAAUCACAAAACAUGGUCAUGCAAUGUGGUUGAAGGUUAAGGUAAUGAUUUGUUAAUAAAGUUAUAUCGACUUUUUAUCACAUGUUUUAUUUACUCUCAAAAGCUUUUCGUAUUUGCAUUUAGGAUAAAUUUGAAGCUACCGGAGUUCGAGAGCAUGUAUUGCAAGCUCUUGUUGUCAAUAUUAUGAAAAGGCUUUUUAGAACAUAGAAGACUCGAUUGCAUGUUGAAUACUCUCGCUAUGCUACUGAUGAAGAGAGAUUAUCUCAUAGGCCAAGUUAUGUUUCACCUGAGGAUUGGGUGUUUCGGUUAGGACAUUUUGGAAGUCCGAAAUUCAAGGUAACUUGGUAAUAUAAAUAUGUGAAAAAUUACUAUUUCAAUUCUAGUUCUUAAUUUAUGGAUAUACUUUCAGGCUAUGAGUGAGCGAAACAAAAUAAAUAGGGGAAAACAAAUAACUAAACACUCAUGUGGUCAAAGUCAUUUGCUGAAGUGGAGGAAUCAACAGUACAAAUUAAUUUAGCACAAUAAUAUUUUAUAUAUUUGUCAUUCCUUUUUAGGUCACGUUAUGUACUUAAAAGUUUUCCUCUACUUUAAUAAAUCGUAAAGAAAUCCGGUUAAUGGACAAAAGGCACCACCAGAUCUAGUUUGGGAGCUCCAACAUACUCGUAAGAAUGACAAAGAAGAACUGGUGUGGUCACAUCCACAGUCGCAGCAAAUUCAUCGGCAGCUCCAAGAAAUUAUGGAGCAACAACAAUUUGAAGAAAAUCCGAUGAAUGCAGAUGAUAUUUUAGUUACUGUACUUGGCGAAUGAACUGGCUAUGUUCGUGGAAAGGGUACGGAAAAAGACCUGCAAAAAAGAGACGAGUGCAGCAGAUAGAAUUAGAAGCUAGUAUGUCUUCUGCAAUGGAAAGCAUGCGUCAAGAUAUGCAAGCUGAAAUGGACAGAAAAUUACAAGAAGAACGUGAACAAGCUGCUGAGUUGCAAAGAAAGUUAGAAGAACAAAUAGCUGCUGAAUUGUCACGGAAGCUAGAAGAUGAUCGUUUUGAGUUACAAAGAAAGCUAGAAGAAGAUCGUACUGAGUUGCAAAAGAAACUAGAAGAGGAGUGCGCACACAUGAAUCUACAACUUGAUAAAAGAUUUCAAGAGCAGAUGGCUACGAUGAUGGCUGGAAUUAAGGAACAAAGAACUUCAACAAUGAAGUUGCAGUAGAGCAGUUUACAAACAUUGGAGUAGUUCGAAGUUUUUGGAGUAUUUUAAAGAAAUUUUAUUCUUUUUAUUGAGGACGUGCAUGACAAUGUUACUUUAGAUUGUUUACACUUUUACCAAUGAAAAGAUUAUAUACAAUUCUAUUUCGUGAAAUGUAUUGUCACCACUAUAAA